CAUCCCUUGCGGGGCGGUGGCGGCGGCGGGCGAGAAGGAGGGCACGGCGGAGUGCCGGGUGAAGUGGGGAGGGCGGCUGAGAGACCUGAGGGGGAGCCGGGCCGGAGGCCGCCGCCGCCACCAUGCAGGAAAUCAUCGCCAGCGUGGACCACAUCAAGUUCGACUUGGAGAUCGCCGUGGAGCAGCAGCUCGGGGCGCAGCCGCUGCCCUUUCCUGGCAUGGACAAGUCGGGGGCUGCUGUCUGUGAAUUCUUUCUGAAAGCUGCCUGUGGCAAAGGGGGCAUGUGUCCAUUCCGGCACAUUAGUGGUGAGAAGACAGUUGUAUGCAAACACUGGCUGAGAGGACUGUGCAAGAAAGGGGACCAGUGCGAGUUCUUGCAUGAGUACGACAUGACCAAGAUGCCCGAGUGCUACUUUUACUCCAAGUUCGGGGAAUGCAGCAACAAGGAGUGCCCCUUCCUGCACAUCGACCCUGAGUCCAAGAUCAAGGACUGCCCUUGGUAUGACCGUGGCUUCUGUAAACACGGUCCCCUGUGUAGGCAUCGGCACACUCGGAGAGUCAUUUGUGUGAAUUACCUCGUGGGAUUCUGCCCUGAGGGACCCUCAUGUAAAUUCAUGCACCCUCGAUUUGAACUGCCCAUGGGAACCACUGAGCAGCCCCCACUACCACAGCAGACGCAGCCUCCAACAAAGCAAAGUAACAAUCCGCCAUUACAAAGGUCGUCCUCCUUGAUCCAGUUAACGAGUCAGAACUCUUCUCCCAAUCAGCAGAGAGCCCCUCAGGUCAUUGGGGUCAUGCAGAGUCAAAACAGCAGUGCAGGCAACCGGGGACCCCGGCCGUUGGAGCAAGUCACUUGCUACAAGUGUGGCGAAAAAGGACACUAUGCCAACAGAUGCACCAAAGGGCAUUUGGCCUUUCUCAGUGGACAGUGACAGCAGCUGGAAUCCGGAGCAGCCUGAGAGCCAUGCUGUUGGGAACAAGCACUUAGCUGCUGAAUGUAGUGCUGUCAGGACUUUGGCUAGAGCCGCAGGCACACCUGCCAGGACUCCUUUUGAGGGGUCCUGUCUGUCCUGUCAUUUUGCAGUAAUUUUUUUUUUUUUUUAAGAAGGAACAUAUGCUUCAGUGGGGUCCCCUGAGCCAGAGUUUGCUUGGACGUCAGUGCCUCAUUUAUUGGACUCCCUGCAUUCUGCCCUCUUGGGGAGAGAGAAGCUGUGCUUCUUGGUCCUGUGUGGAAGAUGGCCAGCAUCUCCCAUCAGAGGGCCUCAUUAAACACCAGCACCUGGAGAGGAUGGGUAGCUCAUGUGGGGUUGUGGCCAGGUCAGCCUGCUUUCUCCAUGUCCAGCUGAAACCUCAAGCUGUGCCUAUGAAUGUGACUUGAACAAGGGAGCCCUUCCUGACAAGCUUGGAGCAUUCACUGCCUGGCUUGGCCUUGGCUCUUUGAAAGGUGUCAGGCUCCCACGCUGAGCUACUUUUCUGGGCUUGCUUUCUUGUGGAGCACCUACCUGACAGUGCUUCAGGUCCACCUUCAGCCAGUGCUGCAAACCACUUUUACAUAGCUGACCCAGUUGAUCUGCGCCUACCUCCUGCCAAGCAAGCUCUGUGCUGUCAUUCAGACCCCUGUGGCAUGCAGAGGCCACCCAUCCUUGAGCCUAGAAAAUGUGAAUCCAUCACCUGCAACCUGCUGGGCGAGUGGGCCUAUCUGAGUUCAGUUACAAUACUUUUUAUGAAGUUGAUUAAAAAGCUUGGUUUUUAA